UGCACUACAUUCAGUUUCCACAAACAACACCGACAACUCAACAGACAUGGCCUCGGCCAGCAGCCUCCUAUGUGAUGAGCAGCUCCUGUGUUCAAUCUGUCUGAGUGUGUUCACAGAGCCUGUCUCUACUCCAUGUGGACACAACUACUGCAAGACUUGUAUUACAGGGUACUGGGCCAGCAGAAACCAGAUACAGUGUCCCCUCUGUAUGAAGAAGUUCCGCAGGAGACCACAGCUCCAGGUCAACACAGGGUUCAGAGAUAUAGUGGAGCAUUUCCACAAAAAGGGGGAAAAGGAUCAAGAUGGCAUCCUUGUCAAACCAGGGGAGGUGUCCUGUGACAUCUGCCUUGUGCCGAAGCUCAAGGCCCAGAAGACAUGCCUGGUGUGUUUGGCCUCGUACUGCCAGCUUCACCUGGAGCCUCACCAGAGAGUCCCAACACUUAAGAAGCACCAGCUGAUGGACCCUGUGUCAAACCUGGACGACAGGGUGUGUAAGAAGCACGACAAGAUGUUGGAGCUCUUCUGUCGCAAAGAACAGAUGUGUGUUUGUUUCAUGUGCCUCAAAGACGACCACGCAAUGCACGAAGUCGUCCCGUUAGAGCAUGUGUUCAGAGAGAGGAAAGUCCAGCUGGACUGUGUGACGUCAGAGAUGAAAAUGAAGGAAAACACAAAAUCCAGGACUAUUAAGGAACUCAAAUACUCCAUUGAUCAGAGCAAGAAAGAGUCAGAGAAAGAGUUAGUGGACAUUGCUGAGGUUUUCACUGCUCUGGUGGUCUCUUGGCGAAGAAACCAGGUUGAGCUGAUUAAGGAGAUCCAGAAGAAGCAGAAAGUGGCACAGAAGCAGGCCGAAGACCAUGUGACACAGCUGGAGCUGGAAGUCGCUGAGAUGAGGAGAAGAAGAUCAGAAAUGGAGCAACUUUCACAAACAGAGGACCACCUCCACCUUCUUCAGAGCUGGCCAUCUCUCUACCUAUUCGACCAUCAGUCCCACUCCAACCCUCCAUUUACCUCAGACCUCACUGACUUCAGUCAGCGGAGUGAAGUGGCAAAGGUGAAAAAAGCAGUUGCUCAGAUGGAGAAGACCCUCAGUAAUGAGAUGGAGAUGCUUAUAAAUAUGGUCAAGUUGCCUGAUGCAGCUGAAAAUCAGAUGCCAGAGUGGUUUCCGAGAGAAGUAUGGACUCCACCUCGGGACAAGCUGAUGAUGAUCCAGCAGAACGAUGCUAUUGAUGUGACUCUGGACGCCUACACAGCCAAUUCCAAACUCAUGGUGUCUGAGGAUGGGAAACAACUGACACUCCGUAACGGUCUACCGUCUCUGACUACCAUGUUCGGGAGAAGAUUUCAACUUCAAGCCUUCGUUCUUGGGAAAGAGGGUUUUUCCUCUGGCAGAUUCUACUAUGAAGUGCAGGUCAGUGGGAGUAAACAAUGGCUAUUGGGAGUUGCCAAAGAGUCCGUUAACAGGGAGAACCUUUUUAUUCCAGUACCUUGUUUUGGAUGCUGGACAUAUUUUGGAUCGCACAUACAUUCCCUAAACUUUAAUCCUGAUACUGGUAUGAAUGCUCCCCUGCAAAGGACCCAGAAGGUUGGCGUGUUUGUUGAUUACGAGAAGGGAGAGGUCUCCUUCUACGACGUGGAGGCCAGGACUCUGAUGCACUCCUACUCAGAAUGUGCCUUCAUUGAGACCAUACCAGCAUUUAAAGCUUUUCUCUAUUUUCUGGUGGGUGCAUCCUCAAAUAGCAGACCAAAGCUGUACCCUUUUUUUGGUUUAUAUGAAGAUGAUUUUGAAAACACGCUUGUAAUCACUCCUGUAGUACACCCAACUUGAGGUGCCACAUAUACUGUAUCAGGGGAAAUAAUGUGUAACUGCUACCGUAAGGUAACAGUAGUAGUAUCACAUAUUACAAAAAGAAAAUAAUACUCAGUAUAUAUACAUAUUAUCUUAACUUUUUUUUCCUUACCAUAUUACAAAGCAAAGUCAAAGAAUUGAACUGAACAGAUCUAGAAAGAUUCCUCACCUGAACGUUUGUGAUGAGGUUCAUUUCAAUGGUAGAUCAUUUGUAUACUAUAUUUCUAUACACCUUACAACACAUGCAUCUGACCAGGAGAUGGCAGCAUUCUUUAACCAGCGAUUUGGUCUGUUUCUCGGAGAAGCUCCUGUAGGAGGAAACAAGAAGUGGACAAAUGCAUCAUCGGAACCCUGCUUCAUCUUGGAUUUCAAAUUACUUUUGAUGUAUAGGUGUAAGCUUUAUUCAUUUACACGGAAAAAUAAUCUCUAACAACACCUGUAUGAACUACAUUUUUUUGUAAUUGCGUUAACUACAAAUCUGCCAAAAAUCUCUUCUCAAAUAUGAAUAUAUGCCCUUUUUUUAGGCUCAUGGGAUAGUAAACUCAAUAUAUUAUAGUUUUUAAAUGUUGGUCGGACCAAACAGGCUUUUUAAAUAUCUCACUUUGGGAUUUGCUCAAUUGUGAUGAACUUUUUUCAAGGUCCUCUGAAAUCUUACUGACCAAACAAUUAAUCAAGAAAACAAGGCUCCACCUACUUUUUCUCACUCAUGCUAUCAAUAACGGUUUUCAACAUUAAUUUCUUACAAUUGUAAACAUAUAUUAUGUGUCAUUUUUUAUGUUGUGAUCACAUUAUAUGAAACCCACUGACUUCAGUGAUAGCAUUUCACUUUUAAACACAAGCUUUUUCUGAAGGCCAAGACAUCUGGCAUCACAUAUGUGAUAAAUAAGUUUCAAAACCAGGGGUUUGUUAUGAAUGUGCUGUGAAUCUGAUAUGUAUUAUACAGCUUAAUAAAAGUGCAUUG